UCUAAAGCAUCAAAGAUGGUGAAAUUCACGGCUGAUGAGCUUCGAAGGAUCAUGGACUAUAAACAUAACAUCCGAAACAUGUCUGUUAUAGCUCAUGUUGAUCACGGGAAGUCUACCCUGACCGAUUCUCUCGUGGCUGCUGCGGGUAUUAUAGCUCAAGAAGUUGCGGGCGAUGUUAGGAUGACCGACACUCGUGCAGAUGAAGCCGAACGCGGUAUCACUAUCAAAUCCACCGGUAUUUCUCUAUACUAUGAGAUGACCGAAGAUCUUCUCAAGAACUUCAAGGGAGAAAGACAUGGAAAUGAAUACCUUAUCAAUCUCAUUGAUUCUCCCGGGCAUGUCGAUUUCUCAUCCGAGGUGACCGCUGCCCUUCGUAUUACUGACGGUGCGCUUGUCGUGGUUGAUUGUGUGGAGGGCGUUUGUGUCCAAACAGAGACUGUUUUGAGACAGGCUUUGGGAGAAAGAAUUCGACCGGUCUUGACUGUUAACAAAAUGGACAGAUGCUUCCUUGAGCUUCAAGUAGAAGGUGAAGAAGCCUAUCAGACAUUUUCAAGAGUUAUUGAGAAUGCUAAUGUCAUCAUGGCCACAUAUGAAGAUCCACUCCUUGGCGAUGUUCAGGUUUACCCGGAGAAAGGAACUGUCGCUUUCUCUGCAGGUUUGCACGGUUGGGCUUUCACUCUCACCAAUUUCGCAAAAAUGUACGCUUCAAAAUUUUCCGUUGAUGAGACAAAGAUGAUGGAGCGUCUAUGGGGUGAGAACUUCUUUGACCCCGCCACCAAGAAGUGGACGAGCAAAUACACUGGCUCCACCACAUGCAAACGCGGUUUCGUUCAGUUCUGUUACGAACCCAUUAAGCAAAUUAUCAAUACGUGCAUGAACGAUGAGAAAGACAAGCUGUGGCUUAUGUUGCGUAAGCUUGGAGUGACGAUGAAAUCUGAAGAGAAGGAAUUGAUGGGGAAGGCUCUGAUGAAACGCGUUAUGCAGACUUGGCUUCCAGCUAGCACCGCGCUCCUAGAAAUGAUGAUAUUCCAUCUCCCUUCACCUUCAACGGCGCAAAAGUAUCGUGUCGAGAAUCUGUAUGAGGGUCCGCUCGAUGAUCAAUACGCUACCGCGAUUAGAAACUGCGAUCCAAAUGGUCCUCUGAUGCUUUAUGUUUCGAAGAUGAUUCCAGCGUCUGACAAAGGUAGGUUCUUUGCGUUUGGACGUGUAUUUUCUGGGAAGGUGGCUACUGGUAUGAAGGUGAGAAUCAUGGGUCCAAACUAUGUUCCUGGAGAAAAAAAAGAUCUUUACACGAAAAGUGUUCAGAGAACUGUCAUUUGGAUGGGAAAACGGCAAGAAACUGUUGAAGAUGUGCCUUGUGGGAACACAGUUGCCAUGGUUGGGUUGGAUCAGUUCAUUACUAAGAACGCAACCUUAACAAACGAGAAGGAAGUGGAAGCGCACCCAAUCCGAGCAAUGAAAUUCUCCGUCUCGCCUGUCGUGCGUGUUGCAGUUCAGUGCAAGAUUGCCUCCGAUCUUCCCAAGCUAGUCGAAGGUCUCAAACGUUUGGCCAAAUCCGAUCCCAUGGUUGUCUGCACAAUCGAGGAAUCAGGAGAACACAUUAUCGCCGGUGCUGGAGAGUUGCAUCUGGAAAUCUGCUUGAAAGAUUUGCAGGAUGAUUUCAUGGGUGGAGCUGAAAUCAUAAAAUCCGACCCUGUUGUUUCUUUCAGAGAGACUGUUCUUGAGAAGUCUUGUAGAGUUGUGAUGAGUAAAUCUCCGAAUAAACACAAUCGUUUGUACAUGGAGGCUAGACCCAUGGAGGAAGGGCUUGCAGAGGCUAUUGAUGAUGGGAAGAUCGGUCCAAGGGAUGAUCCAAAGAAUCGGUCAAAAAUCUUGUCUGAGGAAUUUGGUUGGGACAAGGAUCUUGCCAAGAAAAUAUGGUGCUUUGGUCCAGAAACCACCGGCCCCAAUAUGGUUGUUGAUAUGUGUAAAGGAGUGCAAUACUUGAACGAAAUCAAGGAUUCCGUUGUUGCUGGUUUCCAGUGGGCGUCGAAAGAAGGUGCGCUAGCCGAAGAGAACAUGAGGGGUAUUUGCUUUGAAGUUUGUGAUGUUGUUCUUCAUGCUGAUGCUAUUCAUAGGGGCGGUGGACAGGUUAUUCCAACUGCUAGAAGAGUUAUUUAUGCUUCACAACUAACUGCAAAACCAAGGCUGUUGGAACCUGUUUAUUUGGUGGAAAUCCAAGCACCAGAGAAUGCACUCGGUGGAAUCUAUAGUGUUUUGAACCAAAAACGUGGGCAUGUGUUUGAGGAAAUGCAGAGGCCGGGUACUCCUCUGUAUAACAUAAAGGCGUACCUUCCUGUUAUCGAGUCAUUUGGAUUUUCAGGUGCUUUGAGAGCUGCAACAUCAGGACAGGCAUUCCCUCAGUCGAUUUUCGAUCAUUGGGAAAUGAUGUCAUCUGAUCCACUCGAACAUGGAAGCCAGGCUGCUAAUCUGGUAAGUGACAUCCGUAAGAGAAAGGGGUUGAAGGAGCAAAUCACACCAUUGUCAGAUUUUGAGGACAAGCUAUGAGCUGGUUUAGGGUUGAUGAAGAUUAUCAUAUAUAUCUUCUUUUGUUUUUCUUGUUAUUAUUACAGCAUCAUGUAAGCUAUUUAUGAGUUUUCAGUGAGAAAAUAAAUGAAAUCAACAAAGAUAAGAUUGCUAA